UUGAAUACAUUGAUGAUUUGGAUUCCUUCUAUCGAUGAAAGCAGGAAUAGAAACAGCAACACAAAACGAGUUGGAAAACAUAAGAAGCGAAUGGGGAACAGAAACCUCCCAGUUUCUUGUUUCAUCCAGCUCACAAAAUGCCCCACUGCAGAGUCGUGGAACUUGGUCCUUGUUUGGUAGAACAUAUGGCAAGAAGGCUUGUUUUGUACUUUUAUUUGGAAGUAUUUGCCUAAUUAUCUUGUUGAGUUUCCUUUUUGGGCACAAACAAGAAUCCCAAGAUCAGUCGACGGAAGACACUUCUUAUCCUUCCUCUUCAGACCAGAGUGACAAUUCUAUGGAUGACGUCGAUAAGUUGGGAUCUAUUUAUCAUAACAGCAGAGAUAUUGUGUAUAGAUCUCCAGUUGGUGCAGUUCCUGUCGGUACUAUUGUAUCUCUUGUUGUUUCUACUCAACAAGACUAUAUUCGUUAUGGAUACAUACGUCUUUGGAAUCACAGAGAUAGUAAAGAAAAUCGUGUUGAUUUGUCUUUUGUAGAAAGCAAAGAGGGAAGAGACUUUUGGAUGGGCAAAGUGAAUACUAGCAUACAAGAAGCCUGGUGUUACGAUAAACGAGGUCAAGAUUGUACAAAAGGAGGAGAAAGUGGCAAUCUCUUUUGGUAUCGAUUCAUUGUUGGAACUCAACAUGGAAACAUAUUGUAUUAUGAGCAGAUGGAAGACUUGUUGGGAGGUUUUGGUCAAGCUUAUGAGAAUUCUUUGGAUAGAAGUUGGGUUAUUACGGCUUAUCGUAACGACUUUUCGACACCUCGAUGGCUUCAAGAUGCCAUAUUUUAUCAUAUUUUUGUGGAUAGAUUUCGAAAUGGAAAUGAUUCCAAUGAUCCACAACCUGGAAACUUUUAUUAUGAAAAACCAAUAUUCAUUCAUUCCAGUUGGAACGAGCCUUUGAUAACGAUGACAGAUGAACAACUUAGUCAAGGAUUGGCCAGUUUAGAAUUUUAUGGAGGAGAUUUGGAAGGCAUUUUGGAGAAAUUGGACUAUAUAAGGAGUUUAGGAGUAAAUGUACUCUAUUUAAGUCCAAUAUUUGAGAGUCCAUCCAAUCACGGAUAUGAUACUAUAGACUAUACCAAAGUAGCUGAGAAAUUUGGUGGGAUUGUAGCUUUUCGUAGAUUGAUUUCUUCUGCCAAAGCACAAGGCUUUCGUAUCAUUUUGGAUGGUGUUUUUAAUCAUGUCAGUUCUGAAAGUAUUUAUUUUGAUCGAUACAAUCGUUGGAAUGGAGGAGCUUGUCUCAACGCAUCAUCUCCGUAUCGAAACUGGUUUGAAUUCUUACCUGCUGUGGAUGGUCCAUGUAUUUAUUCAAAAGACAAAGAUACAGCCAAUUUCAAAUCAUGGUUUGGCAUUGAUACGCUUCCUGUGUUGAAGUCAUCCUUACCUUCUGUUCGUAAUUUUAUAUGGAAAAAGGGAGGAAAUGAAAGCAUUGCAACGAGGUGGCUUUUGGAAGGUAUUGAUGGAUGGAGAUUGGAUGUUGCCAAUGAAAUCGAUCCAGGCCUUGAUGAACCUGAAAAUGGCUAUUGGUCCGGGUUUCGUAGUCAGCUUUUAGAAUUGUCACCUGAAACUUAUAUUGUUGGUGAAUAUUGGGGAGAUUCAUUGCCAUGGAUUGUUGGAAAUGCGUGGGAUGCUUCCAUGAAUUAUCCACUUGGAAAUACGAUCAUAGGCUUCUGGUUGGACACUUCCUUUUCCGAUACCAACCACAAACUGGGUUGGAAUCCCGGUCCUAUUGAACCUUUGUCACCUUCAAGACUGGAUAGACAUAUUCAAAGUUUUCUCGAAAAGUAUCCCCCAAUGGUUAUUCCGGCAAUGAUGAACAUUCUAGGUUCACAUGAUACCAAUCGUCUUCUAUUUAUGUUAGAUCCCAAUACCUCUCAAAUGAAUCCUAACUUGUACAAUCAUCCGGAAUAUGCUUGGGACAUUGCAAUUCGAAGGUUGAUUGCUGCAAUAUCUUUACAAAUGAGUUUGCCUGGUGCACCAAGUUUAUUUUAUGGAGAUGAAGUGGGACUUGUUGGUAUUCCUCGAAUAAUGGAUGAUACUUGGCAAAGUGAUCCUGCCAAUCGUAUGCCAUUUCCUUGGUUAGAUGAGAAAGUCAAUAGUGAGCCAUAUUAUCUUCACUUAAAAAGUCAAGAGGCCAUGCAAGCCAUUUCGAACCGAAUCAAACUUGCCAUUCAAGCUAGAAAUGCACAUAGCAGCUUAAGAAAUGGAAGUUUUCAUACUGUUUCGAUAAAUGACUCUGAAGGCAUUUAUUGCUUUCUUCGACAUGAUGCUAUAACUGGAGACUGUGCUUUAGUCGCUUUACGAAAGACAGACUCGUCUGGUACCAUUCCAUUUCAUGUGAAUACAGUUCGACAAGAAUUGCCUUGUAUAUUACCCAAGCAGAAAUGGAAGAAUGUUUUACAUAGUGAGCCACAGAUAAUUGAGGUGGACGACGAAGGUACUCUUAGAUUGACGUUGGAAUCAGUUAGCGUUUCUAUUUUCGUAAAGGUAUAAAGACCAAAAGAGAGAAUCGGAAACUGUUAGUUUUUGCACAAAUAUUCCGAUUUAAAAGAAAUCCGUCCAGAACAAGGACAAUUCGUCUUGAUCAGCAUUUUCAUUUUCAAGAGAUAGCCAAGGUUCGAGAAAAUGAUCCAUUUCCGGGAAAAUCGCUUUAAAAGCUUCCUCGUUUUCUACAAAAGUAGAAUUGGGCAAUGUACAUUCUUUGGUUUGCCACAAGUUUCUCAGCGACAAGUGGCAUUGUCUUUGUGGAGAAACCUCUUGUUGAUAGUUUUCAACUGUAUUUGUUUGUAGGGUUGUUGGUUCAGAACAAGAUGAUAAAUUCCAUUGUUGUCGAAAUGUUUCUCCAGUUUCAGAGUCGACAAACCUGCUUUCAUCAGUUCUCUGUCUUUGUUGAAGAUUACUAUUCGAGUCGGGUAAGGAAUGGCAUUGGAGUAUUUCUGACUUGUUUUCAUCUUUGUUCUCGGGAAGACUUUCAUUGUCUU